AUGCCCCCAUCGUUGACCCCGCCACGCACCAAUGUAUCUGCUCACGCGCCUACAGGACAGCAAUCUACCCCAAACAGCCGUGGGGGGUCUGCUAUCAGUAAUCACAUUGGCUUGCUCGGUGUCAAUGUCAACAAUAUCUGCCCAUGGAUAGAGCGCAACAUUGAACAGGCUCAGACGUGCCCUGUAGAUGACAUGCUGCAAUUAUUCCUGCAGCGCGUAUCUCGCAUGCCCGAGGCUAAACAACUCGAUCUCCUGCAGAAGUGUCUCAAGGAGGUUGCGCGCGUUCUCAACAAAACACCAACUGCAAAUAGGUUUCAUCCUUCUCGCAUCAAAGAAGCUCUCGACAGCUUCGCAUCGGAGCGAAUUGAAACUACAUCCUACGGGCCUUUUGUUCAAGCUUCAAACAUCGCAUUUACAUGCCUUGCAGGACUCAAAGUCAAGGGAAUGCUUGAUACGCCCUCCAACCUUGACAUCAUUUUUCAAGUGAACGAUUAUCCUAUCCACCAAGAUCACCAGGACCGCACAUCGAAACGGAAGCCCGACGUUGUCAUUCUUCCUUACAAAUGCGCGUUCGCUGGCUUGCCCGAAGAGAGUCACGAUAUGGGCGCUGAUGAUUACAAGCUCAUCAGUGCAGCCACAAAACCGAAAAAGCAACUCCUUUGGAAAGAUGUGCUAGCUUGUAUCGAGUUCAAGAGACCGACGAAAAAGCUUUCACAGUGUCCCCUUUCUUAUGAAGUGGCACCGUAUAAGCCUACCCAUCCAGAAUAUCGGCGCGUGGAAUCUCCUGAGCCCGACGCGCCUGCGACUGCAGCGGCAGACUCUGCCCAGACCCCAGCAACCCUGUCAGUGCCCGACGCUGAACGACCUAAACGACGUUCGCCUCGUCUUGCUGUAAGCUCUCAAAAUGCAUCUAACGACUCCAGCAAGCGCAAGGCCGCCGAAACUUUGGAAUCCGCCAGCAAGCGCGCCAAGACUGACGACGACACGGAACCCAACCCGGAACCCAAACUAGAUGUGACUGUCCAAACAGGGCUAUACGCUGCCGAAAUGUUUGCUGCCAAUAUUGCUGUCAAACAUCUUGUCAAUCUCGUCGUCGUCGAUGAGAUGGUCUGGGUCUGGCAUUAUGAUCGACAGGGGACUAUUCAGUGCUCCGGUAUCAACUUCAUCCAAGACCUCCCACGAUUCAUGGUGUUGUUAUAUGCGUUCCAACGAUUCAGCCUUGUCCAUUGGGGUCGAAACACGGACUUCAAGCACGAUGAGAAGAAUGAUUCUCACAAACUCAUAAUUGAUGGCAUAGAUCUCGAACUUCAUACGAGUCACAAAGACAGGGUGGCGCACUACGGACUUAAGGGACGCGCCACUAAUGUGUUUCCUGUCACUAGCGCAAAACUCUCCAAGGACAACCCAGAGAUCGCGAAAGAUGGCAUGGUGGCAAAAGUCUUUUGGGCGGAGGAGCAACGCACUAGCGAGCCAGACAUUUUAAAGAAGGUCUACGAGAUUGCGGAAGAGCAAGAUGCCGUGAAGGGCCAUGUUCCUCACCUACUAUGGCACCACAAAUUCAAGGAUCCUACGUCCAAAAUCAGAGAAGCGCUCGGUGUUUCAGAAUCGGCGAAGGGUAGUCGUGUGCUCUACAUCCUUGUAUUCCGCAAGCUCAAGCCCAUUACGGAGCUCAAAGGCACAGAGUUCUUCGACGCGUGGUGGCAAUGCAUCAUGUGCCAUUAUACUCUCUGGCAAGCAGGAGUCUACCACCGAGAUGUCAGCCCUGGCAACAUGAUGUGGUACCGGAACGGAACCGUCUUGAUGGGCGUCUUAAACGAUUACGAUCUAUCCUCGUUGGCGACUGCGCUGGGUCCUCAGGGCAACGAGCGCACGGGGACAAUACCGUUCAUGGCACUUGAUCUUCUCAGCAAAAAGGGCCAACAAGGCGAAGUCAAACAUUUGUACCGUCAUGAUCUCGAGUCGUUUGUGUGGGUUCUCGUCUGGGUCUCCUUGCGUUACAAGGAUGGGCGACUAUUAUCACGGAAAUCUCGCCCUUUCGAGGAAUGGGCAACCGUAGAUGCCGAGACAUGUGGUGAGAAGAAGUCAUUCUUUCAGACCAACUUUUUGCAGUACGAAUCCUUCACCGUGGACCAACGUGUGUGGGAGUUGGUGAUGGAUUGUUUACAGUUACUUAAAGCAGACGCCUAUCGUCGAGAAACCCUUGGAUACAAGAUGCGACGACAGGCAGGAAUCGGUGGGGUGAUCAUGGCGGAGAAAUUUGAAUUAGAUGACCUCGAAUUUCUCGACUUAUUUACGCGUACAGACGCCUGGGUUCAGCUCAGCAACAGCGUACAGUGA